CUUCGCCGUCGCCGAACCCCACCCGCUCACCCUUUUCGGCGGUUCCUUUAUUUCCUUCCUUCAGUCAAAUCCGCGAUCAAAUUACACAACUGCCCCUUAUCUCCCUUUAAAUCCCCGUCUUUUCCAGCCUAACAUUUCCCCCUCCUCCGUUUAGCUUUCCAGCAAGCAACAACCAGCAUAAAAACAACAAGAAACCUCUGCUCUGUUUCUUCACAUUUCUCCCCCACCCCUUUCUUCUGUUUUCCCCUUUUAAUUUCCUUCCCCUAGACCCUGUCAAUUCAAUCCAAGCCUCUACAACCCAGUUCGGAGAAUCAAUCAUCAGUCCACCACUUCCCUCCUCUGCCGCCGUUGACGGGAAAAAAACCAUGGAGGUUCCGGUGAUUAAUAGAAUAAGCGACUUCGAAGGCGGUGGGAUAAACCCAUCUGUAGUCGCUCGAGCUUUUGCUGCUUCCGGGAUCGAGAGAAUCUAUCAGGCCUACAGUGUUUGGAAAUGGGGCGCCCUAAUGGUCGCCUUGUUAGUCGCCUCCAUCACCACAAUCGUCAGCCGAAUCAGAAUCCUCCUGAUUCGGUUCCGGCAGAGUCGCCCAAUUUCUACGGCGGCGGCUCUGCUUAUCCAGGAAGAGUCUGAUUACGACACCGAAUCUGAAUCCGGGUCCGAAUCCGAGUUCUCGGAAGACGACGAAGAAGAAACUGAUGCCGAUUUUGAAGAGGAAGAGUUGGGUUCCGACGGCGAUGAAGAUUUUAGUGUGCGGGGGUCGUCUAAGUUCGGUCGGCGGCUCCGGCGGCGGAGCAGCAGCAUUGGGGAUUUCUUCUCGUGGCCGGAGUUCGCGAACGGGACGACGAGCAGCGUGGUCAAGCUCUGGGACAACUUGGGACUGGGACUGGAGGGAGAGCCAAACCUGAGGUCCAUUUUUGGGGCAGGGAGCGAGAUGCUCUUCCCCGGGGCGGCGGUUUCGGCGUCGGCGAUGUCGCCGGCGGUUAUAGUGUCGGCGGAGACGAACAUGGCGGGGAACCUGCUGAGGGUGUGGGACAGUCGGGUCGGGUGCCGGAUCCCGCAGAUGCUGGCGGAGUGGCGGCCGAUGCUCGGGAAUAUCGUCGGCGUCAACGCCGCCGGGUUUUUGGAGAAGGUGUACGUCAAGGAAGAGGAUGACGUUAGGCGUGAAUUGACGGUGGCUGAUAUGAGAAAAAAGGCCCCGGUUGUAGGUAGCGUGACGGAAUCUGAGGCCGCAGCGGAUCUCUGGUGUGACGCUGACGCCGUUAUUGUUGGAAACGACUCGUCCUCGUCCACGUCGUCAAAGUUUGACUCGUUGAGGCGACGCGUUUAGGCUGACUGGGCCUUAGCUGGAUUUGGGCUGGAUUGGCCCAGGCCAGAGCUGUCCCUAUGUUGUAAUUUGUAAAUAAUUCAUGGAUUUAAAUAAAAUAUAAUUAGCACCUAAAUAAGCGGUGAUCCCAGUAAAUGAAGUAAUGAACCUCGCCUAAUCAUGCCUGAUGUGACCACUAAUCAAGUAUUAUCUUUCGUGUUAUCUUUUAUCGACAGGAACCUUUCGUGUUUUCUUGUUUGGUGCUAACGUGUUUUGAUUAUCAAUUAUCAUUUGGGUGUCAUUAUCACUUUCGUUGAAAGGUCUCUGAAUUUGAGGGUUAUCUUAAGAGUGAGGUCCGGAUAGAAAAAUACGAUUGUGUUGUUUUGUCCACUCAUCUAGAAAGGGUAAAACGUAUCGAAAUUGUUCUCUUUUGUGGAUGAAUUGUAUUAAAAUGUUGGCGAAGCAGACAUGUGAUAAUUUUACAGGUUAUGAUUCAACAGUACACGACAAAGAUUAAAAGUCAAGAAAGGAAAUAGAAGAAUCGCCAAUGUAUUGGUGCCGUAUUAUUGGUAACAUUAUUAAGGGUUAAUUGUCACUGAGAUUAUGAAAAACAUUUAUAUUUGGUCACUAGAAAUAUUUAAAUUCAAUCUUGGUCACUUAAAUUAGUUAAAUAAUUCAGGUUUAGUCACUCUCCGUCCAACUUCGUUAAAUUUGUCUGAUAUGACAGUCAACUCUCAGAAUUGACUAUUAUACUUCACUGCAUUUACAUAUAACAAGCUUGUUCUAGUAACCAUUUCUCUUCAAGAAUGUAUUUUGGGCAUGGUAAAGGAAACCGUACCGGAAGUCAUACCGGAUCCGUAAGUGGUACGGUAUUUUAUGGUACGACCGUGGUUCAACCAUUGUGUACCGAUAAAUACCGUUUUUGUAAUAAUAAAAUAUAUAUUUUGUCAAAAUAUCGUUCCGUCAAAUUCAGGAUACCGUUUCGGAAUAAUACCGUAAAUAUCGG